AUGGACCUGGUCAUCACACAGGAGCUGGCCCGCGCAGAGAGCCGCCAAGACGCAGAGGCCCUGGAACGAGCCUACCAGUUGAUCAAAUCUGCCAACCUGGGGAAGUCUGAGUUCGACCCCUCAGAAAGCUUCAGCCCAGACCUGUUUGUGCUGUGUGCAGAGCAGGCUCUCAAGAUGGGACGGCCAGAGGUGAGCGAGGACUGCAUCCAGAUGUACUUCAAGGUGAAGGGACCCGUCACCCAGUUUCUGGGUCGAGCACACCUGUGCAGGGCCCAGUUAUGUGCCCCACAGUCCGUGAACAGCCUGGAGGAAUUUGAAAACUGUGUGACUCAGUACAUGAAGGCUAUAAACUUUGCCAAAGGAGAACCGAGGUAUUACUUCCUGGUGUUCAAUGCUUCGGUGCUGUACUGGCACAUGGUGAGGCCCUUCCUCAUCCCAGGAUACCACCACUUGGUGAUCCCCAGCCUCGCCCAGAUUGUCAGCGUGUUAAAUCAGACAGAGGAGGAAGACAAGGAGUGGCGAGCCGAGCUGAUGAUGGAGCUGCUGGACUGCUACCUGGAGGCGGGGAGGAAGGAGGACGCGGCCAAGUUCUGCACCACAGUGGCACCCUUCAUAAAGGCCAACGUGACGCACAAGUACCGGCAGAUCUUCUCCCUCAUGGUUCGUCAUGAAUUAAUGGAUGAGCUCCAGUUAAGGGAAGAAAAGAAGAGUUCCAUCAACCUGUCCGUCUCCUUCCACAUCAACACACUGAAGGCAAAACUGGAUAAAAAUGAAGUUCCAGAAGACUUCAGUGAAAGUCUGACAAAAGCCUAUAAAAAUUUAAGUCAGUACGAUCACGAGCAGUCUCCUGCAGCCAAGGAAGAAAAGAUGUCUUUGCUUUUUGAAUUAGCUCAUCUUUCUCUGGACCUGAAAUGUCAGGGGGUAGCCUCUGACUGCAUCUCAGAUCUGAGUGAAAUCGAGGACAAAGACUCUGUAAAGCUCAUUGAAAUCGAAUGUCUGGAAUGUGAAUUGGAGGCUCUGAUCCUUGAAAGCAGAGUGAAGGUCUACCUCCGAGAUGCUGUGGAGGACCAGCUGGACAUCAUCAACAGGCUGGACCUGGUGCUGCAGCGUGCUGUCCGCCUGGGCGACCCCCAGGCUGUGCAGGUGGUCUGCACCACCCAGUGGAACCUCUGCCUGCCCCUGCUGCAGCACAGCCUGAGGCACCACCUCCGCAGGCCGCUCACCAACGUGGCCGACAUCCUGGAGAAGGUGGACAGUCUCAUGACCCUGCUACGCUGCCAAGUGCACAUGGAGCUGGGGCACAUGGAGGAGGAUGCGGACCAGCUGGAGACGGCCAUGGAGCACCUGCGCAAGGCCUCGGCCCUGGACACCCUGGGCGUCUACCAGGACAAGCUCAGGAUGGGCUUCAACCGGAUGCACCUGUGCACCAUGCUGUACCACUCCCCAGAGCGCGCAGAGGACAAGGCCAACAUGGCCAUCCAGCAGGCCAAAAAAGCCACGCACCCCAAAGACAGUGUGAGGAAGAAGCGUGCGCUUCUGGUGAACGCAGGGCUGGCCCUGGCCCCUGAUACCUUCCAGAUCGUUCUGGACAGCGAGAACGAAGCCAGAGUUUCCAUUGGGAAAAUCAAGGGCCGGUUUUCCAGCCUGUGUGCAAAGGCCCGGCAUCACAUCAUCAGUGUGGACAAGGCGAUCGGACACCUGCGGCGCCUGGGGAGCGAAAAUGAAAAGGAGAGGAUUCAGAUUUGGACGGAGUUGGCCAAGGUUGCUCGGAAGCAGGGCGUGUGGGAUGUUUGCCGGGCCGCCUGCCGCUUCUGCCUCCUCUAUGACAACAUCAAAGCCUGGAAACCGUUGAGAAUGAGGCGAGCACGGAAGAGGAAAGGUACUGAAGGCUCGGCGCAUGACGUCCUGGGCCCGGCUUCCAUGAGUCACCAGAAGCACGUUUCCCAGGACCUGCUGAGGAAGUUCGCGGAAGUGGGGUUCAUCAGUGGCGAGGCCACGGUCCACUUGCUGCGUUCAGAAGGUGUGGAGCUGAAUAACCGGGCCAUUCCCCCUGAGGACACCAGCCAGCACCCAGCUGGCUACGUGCCGGAGCCCCCAGACACCAACCCAGAAUGGAUCACAUACAGAACCUGGAUAGAAAACCUGUCCCAGUAUGCCAUGAAUAGCUGGCUGCGCUCUGCGGACAUUGGGCAGGAGAUCGGGGAGGCCUGGAUUGUGCAGAACGCCGCCGUCUAUAUCCUGAACCACAACCACCAUCUCAUCACGGCUAGGAGGCAGAAGGAGCUGGUGGAAGCCCUGUCCCACCUCCUGCGGGCGGUCAAGGUCACCGGGCACAGUGGGGACCCUGUCAUGUUAACCAUGCUCUGCAACACCCUGGCUCGGGGACUCAUCAUCAGCUGGAUUCCCACCCAGACGCCCGAAAAGUUGAAGAAGGGGAUGCGGCCAGUUAUGAUUCACACUCCAUCCGACUCCUCUGAGAUCAAAGAGGCCUUGGAGGUCUGCGAGUUUGGGCUGACCCUGACCAACGGCAGCGUGCCCGAGGAGGUGGUCCCCAUGAACAUGCGGCAGCAGCUCAUCGCCACCUGGGUGAAGGCCAAGCAGCUGCUGCAGCAGCAGAUCGGGCUACGGCUGGGCGUGGAGGAGGUGAGCACUCCCGGUGCUGAUGACGACAUCAGCUGCAUGACCCGAGUCCUGGUGGCCAUUGAGAUGUACUCCUGCAACGGGCUGGGCCUCAUGGACUUCAACGUGCCUCCUCUGGCCCAGGUAGUGAAAAUGGCUUCCGAGUGCAACUGGUCGGACCCCCUGGUGGAGCUGCAGGCCCUCGCCCGCCUGACCCACUUUGCCCACGCAUCUCGUGACCAUGACGUCACCCUAUCCUGCGCUCAGAUGGCCACACAUAUGGGCAUCCGAUACCUGAGGAUGAUUGACAAGGUGGAUGUGCCGCUGGUGGCCGAGAUGCUGUGCACGGCCUCCUGCAUACAGGGCCGGAGCAUCAUGGAGAACCUGAAAGGGCGGAAGCAGCUGCGGCUGGCCGCAGCCAGGGCCUUUGUGGAGAGUGCCAAGUUUGGAGGCCUGGCAGGCAGCAGCACUCUGGUGAUGCUGGCGGCCAGACACUACUGGAACACCUGGCUCCCGCUCCUGUCCUCGGCAGCCAACAGGAAGAAGGCCCGGGCGUCUGUCCAGAGGGUGAUCAGCAUCAUCAACAAGACAGAGGCCCAGAAGCCGGACAAAGGGAAGACCCUGCUCCUGCACCAGUGGCCCACAGCUGACUUCCAGGCUGGCUCUGGGGCUGAAGGCAACUUUCUGCCAGGGGCGGAGGAUGACCUCUCCCUCCGCGCAGCGCUCUACGGCCUCCUCUUCCACAGUCAUGCCGACAAGAACGACUGGGAGGGUGGCCUCAAGGUGCUGGAUGAAGCCGUGCAGAUGCUCCCCCGGACGGCCCACCGCCUCUUGAUUUUCAAACACAUGGUCAUUGUGAAGGCCAAACUUGGGCAGAAUUUCACCAUGGAGAUUCAGAAGUUCAAGGAUGAAAGUGAAGACUACUUGGCACACAUGUGGCACCGCCUAGCAGUGAACUCCAAGAGCAUCCUGGGAGAGCUCACCUGCUACCAAAACGCCAUCCAGGCCCUGCAGAGGCCAGAGAGCAACCAGCAGAAGGUGGACUACAUCCUGGAGUUCAGUGAGUGGCUGUACCUCAGGCAGUUUCCUCUUGAAGAAAUCAUCGCCAAACUCACGUGGGCAAUUGGACUCUUGCUGGCCAUGACAUCUACCCAAGACACAUCGGAGCCGGAGCCGGAGUCGGAAAGUGAGGCACACCCUGCGGGUGCCACAUCGGAGGCGCAGGACCAGAGCCCCGCAACCCUCUCCUUGGAGCAGUUGCAGAGCAUGCGGCAGCUGGAGCUCCUGGCGCGCGUGCACAUCCUUCGGGCCCUGAUGUUGACGCCCAGUGCUGCCAACUACCAGAACGACUGCCUCAUGGCCUUCACCUUUUUCAGGCACAUCUGGAAGAUCACUCUGUCAAAAGGAGGACAAUUAAUUCCAGAAAAGUCUGUAGCGGCGAACAGUUCACAAAUACUUUUGCCUAAAAAAGAGAAGGAGAAAGGCAAAGAGAAAGAGAAGGAGAAAAGUAAAGAGAAGGAGAAAGAAAAGGGGAAGGAGGAGAAGGAGAAGGAAAAGGAGAAAGAGAAAGAGAAAUGGAGAGAGAGCAAGCAGGUACUCAGUCCUGAGGGCAGCGGGCAGCAGGCGGUGGGCAGUGGGCAGCAGAGGGUCCUGGCUAACAAGAGGCCCGAAGAGUUACCGAGCAGCACGGAGGAGUGGGCCUCCUACAGUUGCCCCGAGGAGCUGCUGACCGUGCUCAGGCAGGACGACAGCGACUUCACGGUGAACGCAAGCAGCUUCCAGAAGCCGACAUACACGCUGUACUAUCUGGACCAGUUGGUGAAGGCCCUGAAGAAGAUGUUCCUCCAUGAGCUCACCAUCCCCCUCCUGCAGCUGGGGGUCCUCAUUGCGAACGCCGUGGUGGAGAGCAAGAGCCUCGCAAACCUCUACCACCUGAGGCUGGCCCAGGUCUGCUCUGACCUGCGGCUUCGUGACGCCGCUGCCUACCAUGAAGAGGUUGUUGGGCAGAUGUACAUCGGGGACACAGAGCAGGCCAGCUGCAGGAAAGAGAUUGCAUCUAAAAAGGAGAAGAUCAAGGAGCCCAUGGUAGAAGAAAAUAAGCCCAGUUUGAUGGAGUCGCCAGCACCAGUCCCUACUGGGAAGCCAGUGGAGAUGAAGCCACCGAUAGCCCAAGACAAGAUUUUGGAGAUAAACAGAGAGACUGGGAAGGGCCUGCAGGGGACUUCCUACCCUCUGCUGUGGACACUGAAGGCUGAAGUGCUACUGGACAUGGACCAGUUCCAGCCUGUGCGGCUGCUUCUGUCUGAGGCCCACCAGGCUUUCCAGGACCUGGAAGACCCGUGUGCACAGUCCCAGUGUCUCCUGCUCCUGGCGCAGCUGGCCAACAAGGAGAACAACUAUGGACGAGCAAGGAGAAUGAUCGAGAAGGCCCAGCAGCUGGGAGGGAGCGAGGAGUUCUGGUACAAGUCCACCGUGACCCUGGCUGAGGCCAUUCUGUCUUCAGAGGACACGGGGAAAGAAGUCUCGGUUUGCUGCCUGUAUCAAAAACUCAUCGAUGGCUUCAGAAUCCUCCAGAAAGAACGGCCCAACCAGGAACCCAUGCUGGAGUUCUUCAUCUUGGACCUAGAGGCUAGGUGCGUGUACCUCCAGCUGAAGAUGGCCCAGGGCUCAACCGCUGCCAGCGAGUCCCUGGAGAGCCUGUUCCUGCUGAAGGAGAUAGACAAGCACCUGGUGGACAUGGAGGAGAAGUGUUCCAACUGCGGGUACGAAACGGACUGCAUGAACGUGAGGAUUGCCCGUGCCAAGCUCAAGAGGUUGUGUGCCCGAAAGGAGAAAGACGAAGAACAGAAGAUCACCUAUUACCUGGAAGCCUAUGAUGUGGCCAGGAGGGCUGUGGCUGAGGAGGAGGUGCUGUUCCACAGGAUUCAGGGGCUGCUGUCACUCCAGGACUUACAGAACGUGAACUCCCCGCUGAUGCGGAGGCUGGCACGCCUCAAGCUCCACCUGGGGAAGGCCUGCCUGGACCUCAUGCAGUUCAUGUGGCGGGAGAAGCUGGAGCGGCACCAGGACCGCGGCUCCGUGGAGAAGCUGCUGGAGGAAUUCAUGGAGAGCAGAGACGACUCUCCCAUCGGCCUGCAAUGGUUCACCCUGAAGCGGACCCUGGUGCACAUGUCGCUGGUGCAGCUAGAGAGCAUGCAGCCACUGUGCGUGGGCUGUGUGGAAAUCCGAGCCAAGUUCCUGGGCCUGGUCGGGAGAGCCCUGCGCCUGCUGGCGGUACAGACAGACCCCGUGCGCUCCUCCUUCUGCUGGGAGGAGGGCCUCUUGAUGGGGGCCAAGGUGAGCCGGCUGCGAUCCCUGGAGAUGGAGGCCGAAAUAAAGAGCCCAGAGCUCUUCGUGCGGGAGCCGCCGCCCUUCAAGGACGCCCCCAAGAAGCACAGCAAGAAGGCCGAGAGUCUGAAGAAGAGGAUGGUGAUGGCCCAGCGGUACCUGGCCCAGGCCUCUGAAGUGCUGCUGCAGUGCCUGCACACCGCCCUGGGCAACAAGCUCACAAAGAUCGCGGCCGCUGCCAGCCUGGAGAUGGUGGAGUGCACCGGCACCCUGGACCCCGCCUCCACCUGCCAGUUUCUGGCUCUGUCUCAGAGUUGCUCAGCCUCGGAGAUGAUGCAGGAGGUGCUGCUCAAGGCCACGGCCAACACCAGCAGCUCACAGCUGGCAGCUCUGCUGCAGCUCCAGACGCAGCUGAAGCAGCAGUACAAGACUUCCACCAGCCUGUUUGCCAGCAUGGAGCAGAAGCUGACCACCACCUUCAAGGCCUAUCAGAACCUCUGCGUCACUGAGCAGCACUUCAACUUCCUCAGCGAGAUUCCACCCUCGGUCCAGGCUGUCUUCCUGCAUCACUCUCCAGACAUGUCCCGACUCUACGCAGCCGCCUACGAGAAGCCCAAGUCCACGUCCACAGUCAAGGGCAAACUGCAGCAAGUAGGCGGGCACUGCAAAGUGAUGAAGAUGACAGUGAUCCCGGCAGCCUUCUCAGACCUGAUGGCCAAGUUCCAGCAGUUCCAGAAGCUGACCCAGAAUCAAGCUCGGGUACACGAGAGAGAACUCUGUCUGCAGAAGCUCAGCGGGGUCCUGGAGCCCAUGGAAGAUUACCUGCGGCCCAUCUUUCCCCUGCUGAACUUUCCAGAAGUCAGAAUUCCAGUUCCUGUGAUCGUGACCGAGCCAGGGAAGUCAAAGGGCAAAGAGAAGGAAAGGAAAGUGUCCAAUCCAACAGGUCAGAUGGAGAUGGUGGACACGAUCCUGAUUGCAGACAGGCACCUGCUGGAGCUGCCCCUGGAAGGCCUCUCUGUGUUCAACCAGGGCACGACCCAGUCUCUGUCCCGAGAAUUUUCCCUCCAGAUGCUGUGCAACCGCCUCCGUAAGGAGGAGACGGAAAGCAGUGUGAAAAGGGAGGGGAAACGGAGAGACGCGAAGAAGAAAGGGAAGAGGGCAAAGGGCUCGCCCCGGAUAAUCCCUCCAAACUGUAUUCUCAUCCCCUCAGACGGCUUCAAGUUUGUCGUUGACCCCUAUGGGGAAGCCCAGGGCAAAGAAGCCCUGGACCCUACUUUUGUGACCCAGGAAAUUUUGGAAAGAUUUCAAGAUUCGUUUACUGAUCAGUGGGAGGGGCACCUGGGCAACCAGAACUUUCCAAGCCAGGCCGACUGGGAGCAGGUCCUGUCCAGCUGCUGCGGCUUCUUCUUCUACGGCAUGGAGAGCUUCCUGGCCCACAUACUGGUGGAGAGACUGGUUGCCAUGAAUCUGCAAGAGUGCCAGCUGAUGGUCUUGUUGGACAAGACAACGUCCCACAAGAGCCGGCGGAGGAAGGCGGAGAGCUCUGAAAGCAAGAGGUGCUGGAGUAUGACCUUGGAUAAGCCCAUUGAGACCGCCAUCCUUCUGAGCCUGGUGGGAGUCAAGAGCAUCAUGGCCAACCAGUGGGCAGCACAGCUGGCGGACAACGCCCUGCGGGCCAACAUCCUGUGGGAAAACCUGCUGACGGUUGGCAAGACGGUUGGCAGAACUGUCUACCUCCUGCAGAAGAUGAAAUACGUUGAAAUGGGGACCGAAGACGAGACUCCAUACACCACCGUGGAGGAGGUGGCGUCCCCCCGGGUGGAGUCUCCAGAUGCAGAGCCGCACCCCAUGGCCCUCAGCAUGGUCCUGUAUGGGCUGCCCCACCAGGCCAUCAUAUGA